AUGGGGCACAACCAGUCCUGGGCCCCAGAGUUCAUCCUGGUGGGGUUCCCCCUCGGCGCCGACAUGGAAGUGCUCCUCUGCGCUGUCUUCUCCCUGCUGUAUGUCUCCAACCUGCUGGCCAACGGCAUGAUCUUGGGGCUCAUCUGGCUGGACGUCAGGCUGCACACCCCCAUGUACUUCUUCCUUUCUCACCUGGCCGUCAUUGACAUGUCCUACGCCUCUAGCAGUUUACCCAAAUUGCUGGAAAACCUGAUGUAUUUGUAUGUGGCUUUUGCUUCCACCGAGUGCUUGAUUUUGGUGGUGAUGUCCUAUGACAGGUACGUGGCCAUCUGCCAGCCUCUCCACUAUACGGUCAUCAUGAGUUGGAGACUGUGCACGGUGCUGGCCAUCACUUCCUGGCCAUGUGGGUUUUCUGUGGCCCUCAUACAUCUAAUUCUCUUUCUGAGAUUGCCUUUUUGUGGGUCUCAGGAGGUGAACCACUUCUUUUGUGAACUCAUAGCUCUCCUCAAAGUGGCCUGUGGGGACACUUGGAUCAACAAAGUUUGUAUCCUUUCUUCUGGUGCGUUUGUCUUAGUGGGGCCCCUGUCUUUGAUGCUGUUCUCUUACGUGCGCAUCCUGUUGGCCAUCCUGAGGAUCAAGUCAAAGGAGGGCCGCAGCAAGGCCUUCUCCACCUGCUCCUCCCACCUCUGUGUGGUUGGGUUGUACUUUGGCAUCGCCAUGGUGAUGUACUUGGUGCCAGACAAUGGCCACUGGGAUGAGCAGAAGAAAGUCCUUUCCCUGUUUUACACCCUCUUCAACCCACUGCUGAACCCCCUCGUCUACAGUCUGAGGAAUGCCCAAGUGAAGGCUGCCUUCAGCAGAGCAGUGCAGAAGCAAAGGAACUACAAAUAA